AUGCCCUGGACUGCACACAGCCUCAGUGACCUUCCUCUAGCAGCUGUUCUUCGUCCACCCAAGCGAUGUCCCACGAACAGCGGUACAAAGUCCCCACGGACUACUGCGACUCAAUUCCGGCCAAUCUCAGCUGUGGGAAUAGAUUUUCCCAGGAGAAAAACCUCCAGCAUUCAGUUUAGAGGAAACGCCCUGAACCCCAGGCACCACCACGCCCUCCCCACCACUAGUCCACUGAGACUUUUGAAAACCAGGCGAAAUUCGUCUUUUUUCCUGGCUGUAGAUCGACACUCACUCGGGUCCCUCAAAACUGCAAACGCAGACAGUGGAAUAAAAAGAAUCAGAGAGGUUCCUGGGAAGAAGACGACCUUUAUUGACACCACCCCGAAAUUAUCCCGCACAGAGGGCUUUAGGCGAACUGAGCGAGAGAGACCAUACUGCAAGCUGGCUGCAGAGGGAGAUGCAACCCAAAUUAAGGGACCCAGGGACCUGCGCGAGCGCAACUGGCCUCCUUCAGCUCAAGUCCAAGGCGGAGAGUGUCUAGCGGGGAACCCAUGCGAGCAGUCCCGGGGAGGCCUGACAAGCGCUGUUUCUGCUUUGCAAGUUUUAGGGAAAAAAGGAGAACGCUUCGGGAACGCGCCAGCUAAUUCAGCUUGGGGAACCCGCGGGGCGGGAGCGCAGAUCUUAGGCAAGUCACUUGGCACACAACUGAGUCGCGCGCGCUCUGUGCGCCCUGCAAAGACAGGCUGGGAGUGGAGUCCUCGCCGAGCCAUUUGCAAGGAAGGGACCAGCCAGGGGAUCGAGACCGAGACGAGGCGCUUAGUGGACGAGCGAGAGCAGAGCCCUAGAAGUCCGCAGGCGAGGGAGAGCCGAGCCCAGCCGAGAGCGAGUUGCAGGCGCGCGCAAGCAAGAGCGCACCGAGCCGCCGCCACCUUUCCAGGCGGGGGAACUCUCGGAAGAGCCGCAGCGACCCCCCGCAUGGACGGCGCGGGCUUCUUGGCGGGCAACUCCAGCCCCUGGUGGCCCCUGGCCCCGGGCAGCGCCAACGGGAGCCUCGGAACCGGAGCCGGGGCGCACGGAGCCGAAGGAGUGGACGCGCGCAACGAGGAGCUGGCCAAGCUGGAGGUGGCCGUGCUGGCGGUGACUUUCGCCGUGGCCCUGCUGGGCAACUGCACCGUGCUGCUGGCCCUGCGCCGCACGCCCCGCAAGACGUCCCGCAUGCACCUGUUCAUCCGCCACCUGAGCCUGGCCGACCUGGCCGUGGCCUUCUUCCAGGUGUUGCCGCAGCUGUGCUGGGACAUCACGUACCGCUUCCGCGGCCCCGACGGGCUGUGCCGCGUGGUGAAGCACCUGCAGGUCUUCGGCAUGUUCGCGUCGUCCUACAUGCUGGUGGCCAUGACGGCCGACCGCUACAUCGCCGUGUGCCACCCGCUCAAGACGCUGCAGCAGCCGGCGCGCCGCUCCCGGGCCAUGAUCGCGGCCGCCUGGGUGCUGAGCUUCGUGCUGAGCGCGCCGCAGCUCUUCGUCUUCUCCAUGGUGCAGGUGAACAACGUCACGCAGACCUACGACUGCUGGGCCACCUUCGUGCAGCCUUGGGGGCCCCGCGCCUACGUCACCUGGAUGACGGGGGGCAUCUUCGUGGUGCCCGUGAUCAUCCUGGUGGCCUGCUACGGCUUCAUCUGCUACCGCAUCUGGAGGAACGUGCGCGGCAAGUUGGCGUCGGCGCGCCUAGGCGGGGGUGGCCCCGGGGGCGCUGCCGGCAGCGGCUCCUCCGGGAUGGUGCCCAGCUCCGGGGGCGCCUUCCGCAAGGGGCUCCCGCAGGCUCCCUGGGUCAGCAGCGUCAAGUCCGUCUCCCGCGCCAAGAUCCGCACCGUCAAGAUGACUUUGGUCAUCGUGAGCGCUUACAUCGUGUGCUGGGCGCCCUUCUUCGUCACCCAGAUGUGGUCCGUCUGGGACGAGCACUCCGAGUGGGUCGAGUCAGAAAACCCAGCCACUACCAUCACUGCUUUAUUGGCUUCCUUAAAUAGUUGCUGCAAUCCCUGGAUAUACAUGUUUUUUAGUGGCCAUCUCCUACAAGACUGUAUCCAAAGCUUCCCGUGCUGCCAAAACUUGAAGCAAAAAUUCAACAAAGAAGAUUCUGACAGUAUGAGCAGAAGACAGACUUCUUACACUAACAAUCGAAGCCCAACAAAUAGUAUGGGUGCAUGGAAGGACUCACCUAAAUCUUCAAAGUCCAUCAAAUUCAUCCCUACUUCAACCUGA